AUGCGCAAACCUCCUGUUUAUUUCAAAGAGGCACCGAAUCAGGUUUGCCGCUUACACAAGAGUCUCUAUGGCUUAAAAGAAGCCCCGCGUCAAUGGUAUUCAAAGUUUUCUCAAGCCUUAUUCACUUUCGGCUUCCAACAAUCUAAGGCUAACCACAGCCUAUUUACUCGGCUGCACAAUGGCUCUUUCACAGCACUUCUCGUCUAUGUUGACGACAUCAUUGUGGCCAGCUCAAGCAUGGACUCUAUUGCUGCUCUUCAGUCAUUUCUCAGUGAGCAUUUUUGGAUUAAAUGUCUUGGUAAUCUUUGUUACUUUCUUGGAAUUGAAGUUGCUUGUUCUUCCAAGGGUAUAUCUAUUUGUCAACGGAAGUAUGCUCUAGAUAUAUUAUCUGAUGCUGAUGUUCUCAAUACUCGACCACUCAAGUUGCCAAUGGAACAAAAUUUGAAGCUUCGAAUAGAUGAUGGUCUGCCUCUCUCGGAUCCUCUCCCUUAUCGACGUUUGGUUGGGCGAUUAAUUUAUCUCACAAUUACUCGCCCCGAUAUCAGCUAUGUUGUCCAUGUUUUAAGUCAAUUUAUGACUACUCCUACUUCCUCACAUCAACAUGCAGCUCACCAAGUUCUCCGCUACAUCAAGAAUGCACCAGGUCAAGGACUCCUUUUUCCCUCCAGCUCCUCUUUUCAUCUUCGAGGUUAUACUAACUCGGAUUGGGCCUCUUGCCCCAAUUCUCGCUGCUCCAUUACGGGCUUUUGCAUCUUCCUUGGAUCCUCAUUGAUCUCAUGGCGUUCAAAGAAGCAAACUGUGGUCUCUCGCUCCUCCGUUGAAGUUGAGUAUCGAGCCAUGGCAACUACUUCUUGUGAACUACAAUGGCUGUCUUAUAUUUUACAAGACUUGCACUUCUCGGUUUCACUUCCAGCUAAUCUCUAUUACGAUAAUCAGGCUACCUUACAUAUCGCAGCAAAUCCGGUGUUUCACGAGCGCACAAAACACAUUGAGAUCGAUUGCCAUCUCAUUCGCUACAAAAUUCAAUCUGGUUUUUUACGCACUUCCCAUGUUCGUUCUUCACUUCAGCUUGCGGAUGUCUUCACCAAGGCACUUCCUUCCACUCAACUUGGCUUUCUUUUGUCCAAGAUGGGAAUAGAAAACAUCUAUUCUCCAUCUUGCGUGGGGAUAUUAGAGGAUGAUGAGUCAGCUAACCGAGAGAGCAACACCACUACGUGCCCAACAAACUCUCAACAGAUUUGA